AUGGAGUCUAUCUGGAACAAGUUUAACAAUGAUAGAGCGACCGUCAUUGAAGAUGCGUUCUCGAUCGCAACGAACCGCGGCCAACUAGAGUGGUCAAAUGCUGACAUGGACGUCAUGCAUCAAGCGGCUGAUGCCAUUGUGUUCUCUCUUAGAGGAGAUGAGGGCUUGUUAUUCGUGGAAUUUGAGAUCCUGGCUGCAUAUGCUGCUCGCCUCGACCCGGGAACUCAGCUCGCUUUUCUUGACAACCUGGCCGCUAUUAUUCGGGCUUCGCGUGUCGGUGAGUCUUUGUCUGAGUAUGAUGAACGAUUCCUAAAUUUUGUUGUGGGCAUCCACAACGGACUUGCCGUUGCUCGUGGAACAAACCUCGGACUGUAUGUCCCCCCAGGUUUGGCAGAUGCUAACAUUGCCCAGCAUGUUAUUGGUCAGGCCCCAGCCCCCGUUGACUUGAUUCAGAUCCCAAGUGGCGAAACUACCCGUACUUGGAAGUCUGAAUUUCAAGAGGUCAGCGGAGCAGGUAAGUACACCAGUUCAGUCGUUGAGACUGUAACUGGUGAUGCAUUCAUGUCUGGAGGUGCUUACAGAACGACAUCAACGACCUCGAGUUCUUUCACCCCAUCAAUCACUCCUAUGCUGGGGAUACGUGAGGCUUCGGUUAAUAUCCAACAGUCGAUCGAAGACUCUCCAGCGUCGACUCCUGAAACUGGGUUUGGUGGUUAUUGA